CACUUGUUUCAUUCAACUUCUGUUAACCAGAGAGGAAAAGAUGUAUAUGAAGGAGCUUGUUUUCAGUCUCAUCUUACUAAUGCAAGCAUGUGGACCACUUUUGGCCCAGGCAACAGAACCAGAACAACCUGACUCUACAGGACUACUGCAGAGGCUUGGAGAUAGAGCCAGGGAAACCAAAGAUAAAGUCCAGGUUUUUGGGGGAGUAGUGCUGGACUACUUUGGUGCUUACUAUGAAGACCACAUCCAACCAGUGGCUGACAGCUACACUGAAUGGGCCUCUACUGUCAAAAGCUCUGUGUUGGAGAAGAUCCAGACAACCAUUGACAAAUACUGGCCAUCAAAAGCAUCUAGUUCAACUGAUUAACAGACUUAAAACCAAGAAAAGCUGACAAUAAAUGAAUAUUCUUACCACA